AUGGAGCGUCGAUCAUUUCGUGAUCUACUUGCAUUUUGGCUAUUCGGGAUGUGUUCAAAUUUUGGCUAUGUUCUGAUGUUGACCGGAGCAAAGGAUAUGCUCACAAAAUCGACCGUUUCGACGACAACGAUCACAGCGAUCUCCACGCAAAAAUGCUUGAAUUCGACAAGCGAUUUCCACUGUGAACCCAUUUCAACAGGAGCCGUUCUCUUGUGCAAUAUCGUGCCGGCCACCGUUGUGCAACUCAUUUUCCCAAUCUUCAUUCACCGGAUCCCAUAUUUCAUUCGAAUCCUCGCCAUCUGCAUCACUCAAUUGUUCUCAUUGAUCGUUGCAUCGGCCGCUUCAUCAAUCACCGUCACUUUAUUUGCCGUUUCCGUUGGCAGCAUCUCGUUUGGAAUCGGUGAGAUGACAUUUUUGGCUCUCUCAUCAAAAUAUCACAAAGACACGAUCUCGUUGUACUCAUCUGGAUGUGGGGCGGCAGGGAUUAUCGGUUCAUCGAUCUAUGCUUUGGCUACAACAAACCUCAAUAUCUCUCCCGAUUCGGUACUUUUAUCGAUGACUAUUAUUCCCGUCGUUCUCCUCGUUGAUUAUUUCUUCAUUCUCACGAAAGUUCCCCCAAUCGGAGUGAGUCAAAAAGUGCUGGCCCAUAUGGAGCAUCCACAAAAUGAGGCAAUGAGUAUCGAGAAAGCGAUUAUCAAAUCAUCCGUCGAUCAACUACCCCAAGGAAAACUCCAAACGAUCAUUAAAGUGAUUCCCUACGCGAUAACGGUCGGUUUGACUUAUUUUCUGUGCUAUUUCAUCACGCAAGGAAUGACCACAUUCCUUGUGUUCACGUGUGCUCUUGGAUUUGGUCUCUCACCAAAUGCCCAAUUCCGUUGGUACCAGGUUUUGUAUAAUUUGGGUGCUUUCACGGCCAAAUCCACGGGUCCUCUUCUUCCAAUUCAUCGUUUUGUGCUCUUCUCGAUUCCAUUGGCACAGCUUUUCGUCUGUGUAUUAUUGGUGCUAUCGGCAUUACUCGUGAUAUCUCUUCCCCAUGUGAGCAUGGUAAUGUUCUCAAUUUGUUUCCUCGGAUUGACGAAUGGAUUCGCUUACAUCAACUCGUUCAAACAAGUGCACAAAAAGACGCAUCCAGAAGAUCGUGAAUUCGCCCUAACAAUCACUUCUCCUGCCUCAUUUGUGGGUAUCCUUAUCGCCGGUCUUGCCGCUCUGCCUACCCAUCAAAAUAAAUCUUCAGUCAAGGCUACAACUUCUCCUGCAACUUUAAACUUUCAAACCUCGAUGAGCGAAGUGAUGAACCCUUUGGCCUCAAGUUUUCUUGCGUCGAUUCAAAAAAUGCUGGAACUCAAUCAUAUGAUCAAUCCCAGUGCGAAUUCAAGGGAGAUCGCGUUGGCCAUGUCCGCGCUGGGAAGUAUUCAGAUGCAAAAUGUUCCCCGCGAAAAGGAGCUCAAAAAAGUCAAUUUGGAGCGAAAAAUUGAGAAUCUAAUGAGAACGAAAAAUUUGGAGAAAGAGGAUGAAAAUAAAUUUGGAGGCGAUGAAGCGGUCCCAUCAAACACUUCAAAUGAAAUAUCUCCAAGUGUUUCACAAAUAAAAACCGUUGAUGAAGUUGAGCCGAGACGUGGAGUGGAACCAAUCUCGAAGCCGUUUAUGUGUGAUGAGUGCGGGGCGAGGUUCACAAGAAAAGCUGGGAUGCGUCGCCAUAAAUCGUCAGUGCACAGCGCUGAUCGGAUUCCAUGCCCUUCGGAGAAUUGCACUCUUGGCUUUCGUUCGCAUAAGUCUUUGGAGCAACACGUCCGCUCCACGCAUUUGACGCCAAAAACUUCAACUGAUGAGCGAAAAAAAAGAAAUCGGAGUAAUCGUCCAAAAUCA